GCUGCGACGCGGCGCGGCCUACCGAGGGCGAGGGGAGCGGGCGGCGGCGGAGAGGCGCGCUUCGGCCCGCGGUUUCUUCUUCACAAUUUGAGGUCAAGAUGUCUAAUCAGCAAGAAGAGCAGGAUUUGCAGAAGUUCCUUAGGGAUGUAGAUGAAAUUAGCAGGUUGAUUCAAGGCUUGAGUUCCACAGACCCCGCUGUCCAGGAGAAAGCGAUUGCAGCUACAGAGAGAAGACUCAGCUGUACUAAGAAGAAAGAAGAGAAUGAAUGUAGUCACAGGCUGGACAGAACACUCAUUAAUACACGGCCUUCUGGUUUUUCAAAUCAGGAGGGGCUGACGAAUCCUGAGAGCUUCAUGGUUGCUUUAGAAAAGGAUGCCAAAGAGCGAGCCAGGAGAAGGAAAGAGAACGAGGCCGUUGCCAAUGCACUGAAACAACAGGGGAACGAGGCUUUCGGCAAAGGAGACUAUGAAGCGGCUGUCCAGAAAUACACAGAAGGCCUGAAGAAGCAGAAGGAUAUGCAGGUGCUGUACACCAACAGAGUGCAGGCUCACAUCAAGUUGCAGGAGUACGAAAAAGCCAUCCAUGACUGUGAAUGGGCGUUAAGAAUCACUGGCAAAAGUGAUACGCGUUUUGCUGAACAAUUCUGUUUAAUGCAGUGUGAUGAAAAAGACCUCAAAGCCUUCUUUCACAUGGGGAAAGCAUACUUGGCAUUGAAGCAGUACAGUAAGUCCAGGGAGUGCUAUGCGAAGAUUUUAGAAAUUGAUCCCCAUAAAGAGAAGCUGUGCAAAGAUUGCCUCCAUGAAGUAGACUUGGAAGAAAAAAAGCAGCGCGAGGAAGAGAAAGCCACAGAGGAGUUUGAAUCUGGAAGGUGCACAGCUGUGUCGGUGAACACGUUGCUCCAGAAGCUCAGCAGGCCUAACGAAAAUGCCCUUUUUUAUGCGGGUGGGAUUCAGCUUUUGGCUAAUACAGUACAAGAUGGCACUGAACAGACCAUAUUUAGGACAAACAAUGGAUUCAGUAUCAUCAAUGACAACGAGGUCAUAAGGCGCGCUUUCAGUCCUGAGAUGAAAUCCCCUGCCGAAGUGGAACUGUCUCUCUCCCUUAUCCUCCUGUGGCAAGCAGUCUGCAAAGAGAAUGAGGAGAACCAGCGCCUACUUCUAACUCACCCCUAUGUGAACCUGCAGCUUCCCACUCUGCUACUUUCUGAGGUGUCCGAAAUCCAAGAACAGUGCUUGGCCCUGCUGACUCUCUAUGCACAGACAGAGAACGGAAGGAGCCUGCUGAUCAGACACCUGAACCUAACCAAGUGGCUGCAGACGUUGAUGUCCUUCAUUCAUUUUUCCGAUAGCAGAGCUAGUUCUGCAAUGAACCUGCUGACCAGCCUAGUCACAGAGGAGAAGUUCAAAAUCCAGUGCCGUGUCAAACUCUCCACUGAGGUAUUGCCACUGUUCGCACAACUGUUGAAUUCUGUCCAGGCAGUGAACCAGACGGCCCUCGGGCGGUGCAUUUCCGUCAUGGGAGAGCUCUGCUCAGACAAGGUUGUCCGGAUGCAGAUGGCCGAAAGCCAGGAGUGCUGGCAGGCCGCCUUGAGCCUUGUGGAUGCCUGCUGGGCUGAAGGCAAGGCCACCAGAUACCCAGAGUGCCUGCAUGCAGUCCUUGCCCUGAUGAUGAAUCUCUCUUUGGAACCGAGCUUAGUCAUCCAGGAGCUGGCAGAAGAGACCUCUCGGAGAUGCAUGUCCCUCCUCAGCAGUCAAGAUGGAACGGUUGUGACACGAGCAGUCGGGCUUUUGAGUCGCAUCCUGCCCGCAAGUCCAGGGGCUGUGGAAGAGAGAGUGAAGCAAGGCCUGGUGAAGAAAAUGAUCUGUUUUCUUAAGGUAGGUGGACAGAUCACAUCUGGCUAUGCACUAAAAACCCUCGCUGUUUGCACCAAGAGCAGCCGACGGGCUCAGGAGGAGAUUCUGAGGCGGGACAAGAAAUGUACCAUGCUGCUGAAGCUCUUGCGCGCCAAGAAUGAACAGGUGGCAGGAAAUGCUGCUUUCUGCCUCGGGAGAUGCCUUGAGGUGCCUGGGACUGCCACGAAUUUGUUAGGCACUGAUAUUGUGAGGAUUUUAUUGAAACUCGCCGGUGGGGAUGCCCAGAAGGUCUCGGUGCAAGAGAACGCAGCGAUAGCGCUAGGGAAGCUCUGCACAGCUGAUGCAAGGCACACCAGCCGGUUGCGGGAGCUCAACGGAAUGGCAGUCCUCAGCUCCUCGGUGAAAUAUGCGCAAGGGAAGUCUUCUGACAGUACUCUGAAAUGGGUUCAUGAUGUCUGACAUACCUCUGGCCCCUACCUUUUUCCAAUAAAAGAGAAUCAAUAGAAA